UUUGGCUCCUCCAAUAUUCUUACACCAGAGGUUUGCCAGUCUCUCUCUUAUUUCUUCUCUCUCUCUAUUUAUAAAUUGCACCUUACCCAUCACAGCUUCAAAUUCCAUUUCUUUUCUUCUUUUUUUAUUUUUUAUAUUUAAUUAAUUAUAGAAGUGGAAUAACCAAGAAAGAUAGAAAAGAAGAGAGAGAGAAACGAUGAGCACGUCUUCUGUUGUCAUUACAAAUAUUCCUCUUCAUAGAUCUUAGUUUCCACAACUUUCUCAUCUGGGUCCUCCUCUAAUGGAAAUCUGGGUCCUGUUCUGAUUGGUGCACAGAGGAUCCGAUGUUCCUAGAUUGAAUUCGAACAAAUCCCACUUCGUUUUUUUAUCGGAGCACCAACUGGGUUCUGUCUGAAUUUUCAGAUAAGAAAAAGAUGGAAUCAGAUCUUGGCAAGCUCUUCAUUGGUGGGAUUUCAUGGGACACAGAUGAAGAACGACUUAAGGAAUAUUUUAGGAAUUAUGGUGAGGUAGUGGAGGCCGUGAUCAUGAGAGAUCGGGCCACUGGUCGAGCACGGGGCUUUGGAUUUGUUGUUUUUGCAGAUCCUGCUGUUGCAGAAAGAGUUAUUAUGGAUAAGCACAUAAUUGAUGGACGUACGGUUGAGGCAAAGAAAGCUGUUCCUAAGGAUGAUCAACAUAUUUUGAACAGAAAUGUUGGUAGAAUUCACGGCUCUCCUGGUCCUGGCCGCACAAGAAAGAUCUUUGUUGGAGGUUUGGCAUCAACUGUCACGGAGAGCGACUUUAAGAAGUACUUUGAUCAAUUUGGUAUGAUAACUGAUGUUGUAGUGAUGUAUGAUCACAACACCCAAAGGCCAAGAGGUUUUGGCUUUAUCACUUAUGACUCAGAGGAAGCUGUUGACAGAGUGCUGCAUAAAACAUUUCAUGAACUCAAUGGUAAAAUGGUUGAGGUCAAGAGGGCAGUUCCCAAAGAGCUAUCCCCAGGACCUAGCCGGAGCCCUCUGAUAGGAUACAACUAUAGUUUGGGUAGGGCAAAUAGCUUCCUAAGCAGUUAUGCUCAGAGUUAUAAUCUUAGCCCGGUUGGAGGUUUUGGAGUCAGGAUGGAUGAUAGGUUCAGUCCAAUUUCUAGCGGUCGAAGUGGGUUUUCUCCAUUUAGCAAUUCUGGUUAUGGAAUGGGUAUGAAUUUGGAGCCAGGAUUGAGCCCAAGCUAUGGUGCAACUUCCAACUUUAACAACAGUCUUGGUUAUGCACGGAUGCUAAGCCCAUAUUACACUGGCAAUUCAAAUAGGUACAAUACCCCUAUUGGGUAUAAUGCGAGUAAUGGCAGGAGCAACUCUGUUAUAAGCUCCGCUACUCGAAAUGUUUGGGGAAAUGGGAGCAUUAACAAUGCCACCAAUCCUGGUAGCCCAGGGGCUUACCUGAGCUCUGGAAAUGGGAGUUUCGGUGUUUCAUUUGGAAAUAGUGGAACAAAUUGGGGACCUGCUCCUGUUUCUGCUCAAGGUGGAGGAAGUGCUUCUGGUUAUAGUGGCAGUAGUUAUGGGAAUGGAGAUAGUAGCUUUGGAUUUGGAGAGGGGGGUUAUGGCAGAAAUGGUGGCACAGGUGUGACCACAACAUCAUCAUACCCAGCAUCAACUGUUGGUUAUGAGAGGUCCUACGGGGACCUGUAUCGUAGUGGUUCAGUUUAUGGUGAUUCAACUUGGCGCUCCACCACUCCUGACCUGGAUGGUUCUAGCACAUUUGGUUACGGACUCGGCAACAUAACUUCAGAUGUUGCAGCCAAGAGUUCUGAGGAUUAUAUUGGAAGCUACAAUGUCACUAGUAGGCAGACUAAUAGAGGUAUUGCUACUUAGGAGAAUUGUUGUUUGGAUACAUGAUAUGAGGUGAUAGUAGGUGAAGAGAAACAAAACUGAAGCUUUGUGAAUUUAUACAUCUCUCUUAUUAAGAUAUUCAGCUUAUGAGGAAACUGAUAUAGUUCUAACGGGGAUUCCUUGAUUUGAAGUAUACAUAUUCAGAGAGAAAGCAGUUACAAGGGAUUUUGUGUAAGGUUUGGUAUUUUUUUAUAACUUUAUUGUUCAAGUUUAGGCUACUUUCUUUUAAAUUUGAUUUGAGGUGUAAAAUCAGAUUGCGGAAUAUAUACUCAGGAAGUUUCAUGCAUCUCCAGAAGGACAAGCCAGCCUUAGUCUGUUGAAAAAAAGAAAAAAUAAUAGGAUAUUAAUUUUUAAAUUUUUUUUUUUCACUUUUUAAUUAUGUAAUGCCUUGCAAAGUUGCUGGCUUCUCCCCACAUUUCUUAUUCUGGGAUUUGUUCUCUCAAAUUGUAUGUGAGGUUUUUGAUUUACUAGUGUGAAACAAUGGAAGGAUGCCCAUAUGGGUCCCCAUCAAAUAAGUUACUAAACACUUUGAUUCUUUCUUUCCUUUUUUUCUUCAAUAUUAUCAUUAUUGGACAGUAUAUUAAACAAGUUUAUACUA